AUGGCCGAUGUUCAUGUAGACAGUUUGAUGACUGAUAAUGUGGAAGGAAGUGGAUUUGUUGAUUGUAGUAAUACAAAGCAUGAGUUGGAGCAAGAGAAAAUUAAUCAUGUUAAUUCUAUUGAUAAUGGCAAGUCCAAUACCGUGGAACCAUGGAUUGGAAUGGAAUUUCCCACAUAUACUGCUGCGUAUGAUUAUUACAAUGAUUAUGCAAAAAUAAACGGAUUCAGUGUCCGCAUAAGCUCAGGCAAUUACUCUAGGAAAGAAGGAAAAGAACUCAUAUCAAAGAAAUUUGUUUGUAAUAAGGAGGGUCUAAAAUUUAUAAAUGAUAAGAGAAAGCACGGAAAAAUAGUCAAGCGUCGAAGAGAUACUAGAGUCGGUUGCAAGGCGAUGUUGCGGGUAAAUCGUACUGAUAAAGGUACAUGGAUAGUGAGCAAACUUGUUAAUGAGCAUACAAAUCAUAAGUUGACUAGUCCAGAUAAGGUUAAGAAUCAUUAUUCACAUCGAAAGUUACAUCGAACAAAAGGUUGUCGAAGUCUGAUUGAUAGUUUGCAUGAAGAAGGGCUUCCGCCAGCAACAAUUUCACGAGUAAUAAAUGUUCGAAGUCUGAUUGAUAGUUUGCAUGAAGAAGGGCUUCCGCCAGCAACAAUUUCACGAGUAAUAAAUGUUGGUAAUGGGAAUCGGGAGGAAAUCGUCACACCGCAACAAUGUAGUGAUCAUAUCAGAAAACAGAGAAAGAAUAACAUGGGUAAUGAAUGCAUAUUAGUCAUUCAAAAAUUCAUAGAUAAAAGGACAUUUGAUCCAGAUUUUUAUUUUGCUAUUGAAUUAGAUACUACAGGAACUAUGAGGAGUGUAUUUUGGGCAGAUGGACGGGCAAGGGCAUCAUUCUUAAAGUUUCAUGACGUUGUUGUUUUUGAUGUUACAUAUAGAACUAACAAGUUAGCACUGCCUUUUGCUCCAUUUACUGGUGUUAACCACCAUAGACAGUCAACUUUGUUUGGUUGUGCACUACUUGCAGAUGAGGAAGAAGACACAUUUGUCAGGUUGUUUACUGAAUGGGUUAAAUGUAUGAAUGGGGUGGCUCCGCAUGCUAUUAUUACAGACCAGGACAAAGCUAUAUGUAAUGCCAUUCAAAGAGUGUUUCCAAAUACUCGACAUCGCUAUUGCAAAUGGCAUCUUGGCAAGCACAUGGUUGAUCAUUUAUUAUAUCUACAAAAGUUGCAUGGAGAAGAGUUUGCAAACUACUUUAAUAGAUGGUGGCAUAGCAAGACAGUUGAAACAUGUAUUCAGCAAUGGGAUGAGUUAAAAGAAAAGUUCAAUAUAGAAGAAAAUGAGGAAGGUUGGUUACAAACCAUGUACAGAAAUAGAACACAUUGGGUUCCAUGCUAUCUCAAAGAUACUUUCUUUGCAGGAAUGACAUCAAGCCAACGUAGUGAAAGUAUAAAUGCCUUCUUUGACACAUACGUCAACUCACAAACAUUGUUGCCCGACUUUGUUGAGCAAUAUGAUAAAGCAAUAUUAUCACGUCAUUCUCAAGAAUUAAGUGAAGAUUUUGCUACUUUGAAUACAAAGCCUGUGAUGCAUCUAAACCAUCCGAUUGAGAUUCAAGCUGGAGAGUCAUAUACAAGAGCUAUAUUUGAGAGGUUUCAAGAUGAGCUUAAAGCUUCUGUAUCUUUGUUUCAUGAUGAGAUGGGAAAAGAAGAAUCAAUUUCUAAAUACAUAGUUGGCUCGCUCUCUACUGAAAGAAGUGUAUGGGAGCAUCUUCAGUAA